AUGUGUCACCGCGCUGGGAAAGUUCAAGGUUACAGCCCCGAGCACUGCGGCAGGAUUCCGGAGUGGCGAUCGCAGGCGAAACUUUGCCGCGAGCCGACCAUGUGUGUGCGCGAGGGGGAGCGUGAGCGAUUGGGGAGCGCCGGCGCGGACUGGGGGCGGGGGGCGGGGUCCUGCGGGGUCUCCCCAGCGCGGGCCCGCGCCCCGGGGCCGCUCCGCAGGAACAGCGCGCCGCGCUUCGCCGCGGUUUGCCGCCCUCCCGGGGGUGCCCCGUGCACGUGGCCUCGCUCGGAGCGGGAGGAUCGGGCCGAGCUGCCGCCGCCGCCUCCUGCUCCCUCCUCCGUCUCCUCCUCCUCCCGCGGCCCGCUCGGCUCUCCUCCUCCUGCAGCCCCGCUGGCUCUCUCCCAAUCCCCACCCCCCGGGGCCCGGGGCGCCGGCGGAAAGCGUCUCCCUCCCCGCCGGGGUGCAGGCAGGGCGGGGCGGUGGCGCGCCCGAAGCUGCGGAGCGGGCGGGCGCGCGCGCGAGCUGGGUGCGUGUGCCGCUACGGCCCUGCAGAGGCGGUCGCGCCGGCCUCGCUCCCGCGGGGAGGGCCCCGCCCCCACCCCGGCCGCGAGCCGCGGGUCGCGAGUGAAUGAACUUGAUUUCGGAUUUCGGGUAUUUGGAGGAAAGCGAUUUGCCUUGCACCCUCUCUGCACGCGCGCGCGCACACACACACACACACACACACACUCCCCGCCCCCCAAAUUCCGGCUUUCGGCAAGGGUUGGGUGGAGAAGAGGUGGAAGCAAAGGCUAUCCAGACAAUGGAGAGAGGAAAAGUUGCAUCCAAAAGUUUCUCACAAGCUUUAAAGAGAAAAACGAAAAAUUGACAACUGUUACACAGAAGAGCUCACAAAUCCGCAGCAGCACCAGGGGGUGAAGAAGCAGCGACAGACCCAGCGUUUGCCCAGUAACGAGACGAGAGGAACAGCCUUCUAAGAGUGAAGCCCUCAAGACGUUUCCAAGCUGCCUGGACAAAGGCUUGGAAUGACUACAAUAGUGAACCAUCCUGCCUUGGACCUGAAUCUAGAUCGAUGACCUAAUACGUCUUUUCCAACUCUGACUGCCAUGGUUUUAUGAGCAUCAAGGACUGGGCAUCUGCCAUUGUCAACAAGUAAGGCCUCUCCAGAGCUUGAACAUCCACAGAAACUCAAGUACCCCCCUCCCCCCCGAAAAGCACAGAUCGCCCAGUCUCCCAGGGCUCUGCGUGCUACCUCUAGCUUUCACGUGUGACACAGAAACUCCUCUUUGGCAGGAUUCAUUCUUAAAUAAAGAAAGUGUGUCCGUUA